AUGGGCUCCCAACACGAAGCCGAAAUCUCCUCCCUUUCGUCAGCCCCAGCCAAGCACGCUCGCCCUGAGGUGCCACCACCGCCAUACUUUGAAACGUACUUGAUCAGUCCGAGCUCUUUCAAGGCUGCGAUCAACCAAAAGCUCAGCAAUCCUUUCACCUCUCUCUUCCAAGUCACAUUUCGCUUUCUUCAAUUCGCCUUUGCACUGGCAGCUGGAAUAUCUUACGCCAUCGAACUGUCUCACGGAAAUGUUUCCCGUCCAACAACCUUCAUUUACAGCCAAGUCGUGUUCGGCAUCACGCUCUUGUUCCUUAUCGUGGAUAGCACAACGGUCCGGACAUAUCGACUCACGUGGAUGGUUGAGUGGACGUUGGUGAUCUUAUGGUUCGUCUGCUUCGCUGUCUUCUAUCAGGCAUACCUAUCAGAUGCCGUUAAACAGGAAUAUGAAGGCGCUGAUGUGGGCCGGAUGAAACGGGCAGCUUGGUGUGAUCUGAUUAAUGCGCUUUUGUGGUUCGGCAGCGCAAUCUUUUCGUCAACUAUGUGUUGUACUGGUAUCAAAGCAGCCGCUCAGAAUAGAUUGGAAAAGAGAAGGGCAAAGAAAAAUAGGAACCAGUCUACAACACAAAAGAUGGAGGAGAUGGAGAGCGGUCUGAUCGGAACGACUGCCAGAUAA